AUGACGCAGCAGCAGCAGCAGGAGAUGGGCGACUUCCGAGACAUCAGAGGCUUCUUCACCAAGGCCGAGUGGAGCGAUCUGGCCGAGUGCGAGAAGCGGCGCUACAGGAACAUCAAGCAGAACCACGCCGUCCUGCUGAACCUCGGUGAGCAGCAGCAGCAGCAGGAGAUGGGCGACUUCCGAGACAUCAGAGGCUUCUUCACCAAGGCCGAGUGGAGCGAUCUGGCCGAGUGCGAGAAGCGGCGCUACAGGAACAUCAAGCAGAACCACGCCGUCCUGCUGAACCUCGGGAUGAACCCGGCCCAGCCCGAGUUCAUGCGCGCACGCGGCAAGCGCAGGGCGAGGGGGAAUGGAGCGGAGUGCGGGCGGUCGAGCGACUCCGACGAGGAGUGGACGGGGAGGAGAAAGAGGAAGGAGGUGGCGAUGCACGGAGGACGAAGAGGAGGAGGCAAGGGGGCUGCUUCACGCUGGGCCACCGUGGGAGAGUCUCACGCGAGGGCAGCUCCCAGCAAGCGCAAGACUAAAGCGGAAGCCCUGGAGUACGUGUGGAGCAUCUUGCAGGGCGUGGAGGAGGAUGAGCAGCAGCAGGAGGAGGAGUUCAGGGGAUUUGAGCUGAGGGAGGUGCACAAGGCCAGGAUGGCGAUGUUCAGGCUGGAGCGCAGAGCCACCGCCUGCAAGGAGGCCCUGAGGGUGGCGCUCCAGAGGAUACGUGGAGGCUCCUCCGUGCCGCCGGCCUCCGCCCAGGCUGUGGCGGUGUCGCGCAGCGCUCGCUCUCGCUACGGCCUGCGCCCGCGCGAGAGGAAAGUCUACACAGAGGUGGAGGAGCCCCAGGACGACGACUUCUUCUUCUGCGAGCUGUGCAGGGAUUUCUACCUGGGGGAGUGCUCCGUGCACGGCCCGCCAGAGUUCAUCGCGGACGCGGCCGUGGCCCCGGGAGUGGCCAACAGGGCUCGGCUCAGCCUGCCCCAGGGCCUCACCGUCGGCGCCUCCUCCAUCGCCGGCGCUGGCCUCGGGGUGUGGAGCAACAGGAAGAAGCUGCCCAAGGGGGUGAUGUUUGGGCCCUACCAGGGAGAGGUGUCUGAGGAGAACCCCGUGAGCGAGUACUGCUGGCUGAUUUACAAAAACAAAAAGGAUCGUGAAUAUGUUGAUGCUCAGGAUGAAUCUAAGUCAAACUGGAUGAGGUUCGUCAACUGCGCGAGGAAUGAGCAGGAGCAGAACCUGGUGGCCUUCCAGCACCGGGGGCAGAUUUACUACCGCACAUUCCGUGCCGUGGGGCCCGGCUCUGAGCUGCUGGUCUGGUACGGCGAGGAGUUCGCCCAGGAGCUGGGCAUCGCCUGCGAGGCCGGGCCCUCGCGACGCCGCAGCAGGAGCAGCAGCAACGAGAUGGCUCCCAGGGCCACCGCCAGAGACCUGCAGCCCGUGCAGCCUCCACCAAGCGAGGAACACUGUGGAGUGGGUGUGGAGGUGACAAGGCUGCCGUGUCCUGUCUGCAACCGUCAGUUCAUCUGCCGCUCUAGUCUACAGCAUCACGUGCAGAGGAAACACCCCACUAAGCCCAGUAACAAAAGUCAUCAGUGUGACCAAUGUUCAUUCAGCACAGACUACAAGUGUAGCUUGAAGAUGCACCAGAGAACACACACGGGAGAGAAGCCGUUCAAGUGCACCGUGUGUGAGAAGGCGUUUGCACAUUUAGGAUAUCUUCAUAGCCACCAGAGAACACACACGGGAGAGAAGCCGUUCAAGUGCACCGUGUGUGAGAAGGCGUUUGCACAUCUAUCACAUUUUCACAGGCAUCAGAGAACACACACAGGAGAGAAGCCGUUCAAGUGCACCGUAUGUGAGAAGGCGUUUGCACAGCUAUCACAUCUUCACAGCCACCAGAGAACACACACAGGAGAGAAGCCGUUCAAGUGCACCGUGUGUGAGAAGGCAUUUGCACAUUUACAACAUCUUCACAGCCACCAGAGAACACACACCGGCCAGGAUGCAUUUUCUCCUUCCCGUGGAAACAGAAAAGUCAGCCAUCCUGAGCAAAACGUGCACUGCGCCGAGCUGUGAAUUAGUUUUAAACAACAGGCCACGUGAUUAGCCGAGGCUGUGCCACCCUUGAAACUGAUUUUGAAUGUGAACACGGAAACCUACGGAUCCUCCUACACCUGCCUCACACUCUGUGGGGGGUGGGAGAUUAAACCGACCCGGCCACCCCUCGAUUGCAAGUGCGGAGUUCUAGGUCCCAACCACUGCACGUGUCCCCCCCCACCCCCAUCACCUGGGGGUCCCUGUGUGUGUGAGUGUGCAGAGUCUCCCGUGCAGAGCUGCACUGUUGUUACCCUAGAGGGGGACACCGCAGGGCGAUCCACCUACAGACACCCCAGUCUGCACGUCUCCCGCCGGUCUCCAUGCGCACCGCGUGCCGUCUCGUAGCCCUGCCCCGUGCGACGUACGUACAGUACGUACAGUACAUACCCAUCCAGCGGUAGACUGAACCGCGGCCGAUGACGAAGGUGGCAUCCGCUCACAAAUCUCCGUGCACUCAGUCCCGUAGCCCCGAGCCAUCGCUUGCGCGAUAUUCACUUUGCCGCUGAGAUGAAAGCUACGGGGAGGAGGUGGGGUGGGGGUGCUAGGAGAGGACAUCUGUGGAACGGCUGGAGAUCUGCGAAGAAGAGCUUCAUAGCUCAUCGGAUUCCUGCGGUCUGAAAAAAUAUUCCGAGAGGGCGUUGGGGGAGGGGGGUGUAGGUAUGAUUGGGGCAUCUGCACUUGGAUCACCCUGCGUGUUGUUGCUGCCUCCCCCGUUGAAAAUGUUCCCAGCGUGAACUUCACCCUUUGCCGUCGCGACGACGCCGCGCGCCGUGCGUGAACGUCGUCGUCGGAAUAACAAAACGCAGUAAAAACUAAAGCAACAUUAUCGGUACCGAGGCUCCCACAGGGCCACGCGGGGCAGGGAGUGUGGCACAGUUUUCGCGCCGGCUAGCGCAGAGUGGCGGCGGUCGUGUCGCUACGCUUCUCUGCGGUGAGCAACGACGUCUUUAUAACAACAACAGCAGUGCUGCUGCUGCUGCCACUGCUGCGGUGAACGGUGACAGCCACCCCGUGACCUGUGACCCCCACCCCGUGAACGGUGACACCCACCCCGUGAACGGUGACACUCACCCCGUGAACGGUGACCCCCACCCCGUGAACGGUGACACCCCAUGGGUGGAAAAAACCCGAUUUUUCCAGCUGCAGGCAUCGGGUUUUUUCUUUAACACAAUUAAACCCGAUUUCGGGGAAUUAAAACCUGGUUUAAUGAAUACGAAACUCUGAUAGGCUUAGGCUGCUUCCUCGUCGGUGCUGCUAUGGUACUCGGGGCCGUCGGGCACGGGGUAGUCGUAGAAUGCGGCGGGCAGGUUGGUCUUAAUGAACACGAGCUUCUCCACAAUCGUGGGCGCCAGUGAGUUCCUUAGCUUGGAAUGGAUGAAGCCCAUCGUUGAGAAGUGCGGUUCUGCAAUUAGAACCAAUGAAACCGGAUUUCUCUCAAUCUUAGAUGAUCGGGUUUAAUAUAAAAAGACAAUUAAACCCGAUUGUAAAAAACCCGACUGUGCCACCCUUGUGACACCCACCCCGUGAACGGUGACACCCACCGACCCUGCAACUCUGCAGACGUCUCGGACGCGGGAAAGGGUUGAGAGAUUCUCUGCGUCGUCCCGGUUGCUCGCGUGAUGUCGCACGGUGGUGGCGCGCGUUGACUCUUGCACGUUUAAGAAAGUUGAGCGUUAGUUUGUGAUUCUGUUUAAAAUGAUAUAUAUACAUACUUAAACUAACAAACAUUAUCUUGGGAUUCUACCAAGUAAGGUCCAACUGGAUACGUAGUAGCUCUUUUAUCAGACGCGACCACCUGGCCAUCACAAAUGAAAGCUCAACGAAGUGGCUUAUCAUUGUGUGGACAUUUAUAGCGGCCAAAUACUCUGAUUGCGUGAUCUCGAUUCUAAAUGUCGAGGGAAAACCGGAGGACCUGGAGAAAAUCCACACGACCACGGGGAGAGAGAGAGAGAGAGACGCGCAAACUCAAAAUAUACAGCAGGCGUCAGGGUCGGAAUCAAACACACGAUCUCCUGUAUACCAGGAGAGGUAGUUAACAUCUCAACAUGCGUUCAGAGUAUUUGGCUGCUGUAAAUGUCACGUGAUAAGCCACUUCGGUGCGCUGCUGUCAUUUGUGAUAGCCAGGUCGCUGCUACACAGCUCAGUGGGGGCCUUACCUGGAAAAGUAAAAUGAAUAAUAAAAAUCUACUGUAUUCUUGGUUCUUUUGGUAAAGUCACGUAGAAGGGAAAUAAUAAAAUAAUAAAAAUGUAAGAAUCAAAUUAACACGACGU